AUGGUGUCAGAAGCUCUACCGGAACGCUCGCUGCUUCGUCGGCCGCUGCGUCCACCACCGGCGUUUGACUUUGACAACCCCAGCUCCUGGCCCACAUGGCUGCUGCAGUACGAGGACUUCUCGUUCGCCAUUGGACGUUACGCCGCUCCGACGGAGGUCCAGGUGCGCUCUAUGCUCUACUGCAUGGGCCCACUAGCCAGGGUGGUCCUCGCGUCCACCACGCUGGGAGACGCGGACCUGAAGGACGCCGUCGCCGUACAGAAGGCGUUCAGCGACCACUUGGUCCACUCGCCGAAUGAGCUGUACGAGUCUGCUCGCUUUCACCGCCGAACGCAGCAGCCGGGUGAGUCGGCCGACGCAUUCUACACUGCGCUUCGGACGAUGGUCAAGCGUUGCAACUAUUCGUCGCCCGACAUCGAAGAGCGUCUUGUCCGAGACCGUUUCCUCGUGGGCUUGCUUGACCGCAAGCUCUCGGACCAGCUUUGUCGGAACCCGAGUUUGAUGUUGCAUGAAGCGCUCACGCACGUUCGCCAGCACGAAGACGCCGAUAACGAACGCAAGGCUCGUGACUCGGCUGAUUCAUCGACGCUCGCCAUCGACGCCGCUCGCGUUCGCACCAACGUCGCUCGCGUUCGCAAGGAAAAGCCAGCGUCAGCGUCUCCUGAUAGGACAACGCAGCAGCUGUGCCCUUUCUGCGGACGCACAUCGCAUCCUUGCGCCGACUGUCCGGCUCGCAGAGCGUCCUGCAAUUUUUGCCGCAAAAGAGGCCACUUCGAGAACGUGUGCCUUAAGAAGAAACGCGGCAGCAGGAAGCGCACACCGAAGCCUUCUGCCAGCUCCAUCGAGCUACAUGCAGUUGCGGGAGAGCGUCCUAACGCGAAGUUCGUCGAAGUACUCGUCGAUGGGUGUCCACUUUCCUUCAAGGUGGACUCUGGCACCGAAAAUUCUAUCGUACCCAGUACGUUCCUUGGCGUCCCCUCAAAGAUUCAAGAUCCCAAAAGCGAAUUGAAAGGCCCUGGCAACAACGUUCUACCGGUCUUAGGCACUUACAUUGCUACCUUGUCAUGGCACGGCAAGUUCACCAAGCAGCUACUCUACGUCCUGGCAACAAAGACGGUCCCGCUGCUGGGCUUCCCGGCAAUCCAUGCCUUGGGCGUCUGCACGUUUGUCGACCAAGUCUCGGGGACUCCACAGCUCUCGGGCGACUUGAGUCUCGAUCCCAGCCUCUUCCGAGGACUUGGGACACUCCCCGAAGCCUACACUAUAAGACUGCAACCCAACGCUACGCCUUUCUCCUUGAGCGUACCCCGGCGCCUUUCACUUCCUCUCCGCGAUGUCGUCAAGACUGAGCUUGACAAGCUAGAAGCAGAGGGCGUGAUUCGUCGUGUGGACACACCCACUGACUGGUGUGCUGGACUGGUUGUCGUCCCCAAGGUCUCGGGCGGUUAUCGGCUUUGCGUGGACUUGACGCGCCUCAACAAGGUGACUCUUCGAGAGCGUCACGUGCUUCCAACUGUGGAACAAUGCCUCGGAUUGCUCGGAGAAGCCACAGUUUUCUCCAAGCUAGACGCGACGUCGAGCUUCCACCAAGUCAAGCUGUCCCCGGAGUCCCAAGAAUACACCACGUUCAUAACCCCGUUUGGCCGCUACUGCUUCCUCCGACUGCCGUUUGGGAUCGCGUCUGCACCGGAGUACUUCCAGCGGCAUAUGUCCCGGAUCAUCGAAGGCCAAGCGGGUGUGGUAAACAUGAUCGACGACAUCCUCGUCUUUGGGAAGACAUGCUCCGAACACGACCGUCAUCUCCGGCAAGUCAUGGAUCGGCUAACGAAGGCAGGAAUCACGCUCAAGCGGGAGAAGUGCUCGUUCGCCACUUCCAGCGUCAAGUUCCUUGGCGUCGUGGUGAGCGCUCAAGGCAUCUCUCCAGACUCAGACAAGGUUGCGGCGAUCCAAGCCAUGCAUGCACCCGAAGAUGUCUCAGGGGUCCGUCGUCUGCUGGGCCUCGUGAACCACAUCGGGCGCUUCUUACCCCAUGUUUCGGAGGUAACCGCGCCGAUUCGAGCCUUGCUGCCCAAGAACUCUGUCUGGACUUGGGGUCAUGCGCAGCAGUCCGCCUUCUCCCAACUGAAGAAGAUGCUGUGCUCGGACAUCUGUGUAGCUCGCUACGACACCGCAUACAGGACCACGGUCUCGGCCGACGCCAGCUCCUAUGGCCUCGGGGCAGUACUUCUUCAGGAGCAGCCGUCCGGUGAGCGUCGGGCCGUCGCUUUCGCAUCGCGGUCCCUCACACCCACAGAACGCCGGUACAGCCAAACGGAGAAAGAAGCUUUGGCGGCCUGCUGGGCGGUGCAAAGUUUCGAGGAAUACGUCCGGGGACUUCAGUUCUUCCUCGAGACGGACCAUCAACCCCUGGUGGCGCUCUUGGGUUCCAUGGACGUUCACCUGCUGCCACCACGGAUCCAGCGGUUUCGCUUAAAGCUCAUGCGAUUCCAGUACCAAGUACUCUACGUACCGGGGAAGUUGUUGGCAACCGCCGAUACGCUUUCACGCGCACCGCUGGAUUCCUCUCCCUACAACCGGGUGAAUCAAGUCGAGCUCUUCGUCCAAGAGGUCGUCCGCUCCUUCCCAGACAUCGUCUCGCCGCAGCUCGAGCACCUGCGCCAGGCCCAUGCCAACGACGGCGUGUGCAGUCUGCUGCUUCAAUACUGCGCCAACGGCUGGCCCCGGCAGUCCCACUUGCCUCUCCACGUGAAGAGGUACUGGCAGCACCAAGGGGACCUCAGCGUCUGUGAGGGACUGCUUCUGAAGGGGUCCCGCAUCGUCGUGCCGUCCGCACUUCAGAGCGGCACGCUCGAGCUCCUUCAUGAUGGGCAUCAAGGCAUCAACCGCUGCAAAGCUCUGGCUCGGGAAUCAGUCUGGUGGCCGGGAAUCAACAACCAGAUAGAGACACUGGCGUCAAACUGCCCCACGUGCGCCGAAACCAGGGUGCAGCGCUCGGAACCUAUGCUGCCGUCAGCCACUCCAACUCGGCCCUGGGAAGAGGUGGGCGUCGAUCUGUUUCAUUUGAACGGCCAGGACUGCGUCCUUCUGGUGGAUUACCGGUCACGCUUCCCGGAGCUCAUCAGCCUGCGCUCGACGUCAGCACCAGCGGUAAUCAACGUCAUCAAGAGCGUCUUCGCGCGCCACGGGAUCCCGAGGCUGGUGCGCAGCGAUAACGGUCCUCAGUUUGCUGCAAGAGAAUUCUCCGCCUUCGCCGAUUCCUACGGUUUCCGCCAUGUCACUAGCAGGGGCCCCAUUUUCCGCAGUCAAACGGGGAGGUGGAACGGAUGGUGA